AGCCGUCAGGAAGCAGUUCAUUCCUCCACAGUCACCAUAAAACAGGCUCAUUAUCAUCAUGUAAAGCAUGUGCUCUUAACUUUCAGGAGAUCUUUUCAUGUAUUUAACUCUUGCGGAUGAAAUGAGGAGAUGGCUGAUAUCAUAACUCCGGAGAAUGAAGAGGAUCUGCAGGCUCAGAUUGAAGAGGUGGAGGCUCUGUCUGCCAUCUAUGGAGAUGAGUGGUGUGUUAUAGACGAAGCAUCCAGAAUAUUCUGCAUCAAAAUAUCAAACGGCCUAGAUGAGCCCAAACUGACGGCAUGUUUACAGAUAAUUCUCCCUCCUGAUUACCCGAGCACUGCCCCGCCCAUCUAUCAGAUCAAUGCAGCGUGGCUGCGAGGACCGGAGAAGACGGAGCUGGCGGAGAGCCUGGAGGACCUCUACGUGGAGCAUGCCGGGGAGAGCAUCCUCUACCUGUGGGUGGAGAGAAUCAGAGAGUUCCUGGUGGAGAAAUCCCCGAGCCUGGAAGCAGUGAAUCAGCCUGAACCCGUGAACAUGACGGCUGAGGAGGAUGAUGAUGAUGAAGAGGUUCCAGACUUCAGGACGCUCAGACUGAACACAGAGAACGCUCACCUCUUCGUGCAGGAUGCAGGCGGUGAAGAGCCGCCUCCCAUCAAACACGGAGACACCAUCACAGACCGGCGCAGCACCUUCCAGCCUCAUGUAGCACCCGUGGUGACCCCCAGACAGGUCAAAACGGUUCUGGAGAAGCUGUAUGAGAACAAGAAGAUCGCAAGUGCCACUCACAACAUCUAUGCAUACAGGAUUUACUGCGAGGACAAGAACAGCUUCCUGCAGGACUGUGAGGACGAUGGUGAGACGGCAGCAGGAGGGAGACUCCUCCAUUUACUGCAGAUCCUGGACGUGCGUAAUGUCAUGGUGGUCGUGUCUCGGUGGUACGGAGGGAUUUUGCUGGGUCCUGACCGUUUCAAACACAUCAACAACUGUGCCAGAAACAUCCUGGUGGAGGAGGGGUAUACCGCCUGCACGGAUGAGGCACACAAAUCUGGACCGAAGAGCAAAAAAACGAAAAGCAAGAAGACGAAAUGAGUUAAAAAGACAAAGAGGACUGUCAGAUUCCUUCAGCUGCUGUAUCUGAAAUAACAGUUUUUAAGAGUUGUUGGGUUUUAAAAUGUAUUUUUGGUCAUUUCUCAAACCUUUGAUUUACUGAAUAUCAAUAAUAUCGCAUCAUUAAGACUGAGAAGUCUUGACUUGAAAUGUUUACAGUGCAAUAAGUUCUUAUUAAAACAGUCAAACCAA